AUGAAGCCUUCCGCAUCGACGCCGCACCGGACUUCAAGACCGAGACCUACUCCCAUGCCUCCCAGGCCAAUAGGGGAGCAAAAGUACGAUCCGGAGUCGGGACAGGUGUACUCCGAAAUCGAGGUACGCUUCAACAGGAGACAGUAUUCUGACUGGAUCGGCGAGCCAAAGACUCCAGCUUUGGUCAAGAAACCGCGUCCCAAUGAGCAUGGUGCCCGUUCACUGGCCGACAUGGCCAAGGUCAAGGUUGCCACGCAGUUCCAAAAUCUGACCCCGGACCAUUUCGCGGCUGUGCCUUGGUCGAUCGCGGAGAGGGUGUGGAAUCAGCUGGUGGCUAUAAGAGGCGAAAGCUUCCAUGCUUGGAGGACUCUUGCCGCCUCGUAUCCCGGCGAAGGCGAGUUCGGCCAACCGAAAUACAGAUACCUUCUAGACAUCAAACGACCGUUGCUUCCACUGACCGACUAUGUUAUGGCCGUUACAUCCCAAGAGAUGAGAUGGUUGACUUGUCUACGUGUGUCACCUAAGCAGAUGACUACGGUUGACCUCAUUUCCAUCCAUACGGUCACCAACUUGGCGGUCCUCGACCUCUCCGACGGACAGGUGACCAUAGACAACAACGUGUCUACGUUUGAUGAACGGGUGAUGCGGUCGUGGGCGGAACUAGCAGCGUCAGGGAAGGCAUUUCAGCAUCUACGUGUCAUCUUAUGUGGCUGGCAGGAGAAUCUGUCAGAUUGGAUCUUCAGAUAUGCUGAUUCCUUCCCAUCACUGUGCCAUAUAGUUCUCACGGACUGUCCGAAGAUGCAUCAGCGGAAUCGAGGAGACUGGGAGGGUGUCUCGCAGGCGGCAGGCUGGGAGGCACGACAUGCGAAGAGAAGUGCCAAAAGUCUACGUCCUAUCAUUGGAAACCAGGACUUCUACUAUGGGUCGGUAUCUGGCUGCUACUAUGGCAGCAUGGAGCUCUUCGGCAGCCUCGCGCAUACCCGGCGGCCGAACAUCGUGGGGAGGCUGCCGGUGUUGGAAGUCUGGCUAGGAUCACCUCGUCAGUGGUCACACAUUAUCGACGACUUUCCCUCGACGCGGACGAUAUUUUUCGACAAUGUGAGAACUCAGGCCUGGGCCGAACGGGAAGGCCUGUCUCAGCUUAGCGGUCGCGAUCACACGAAGAGAUUGCGGAACCAGGAAAUGGUCUCACAAGGGACGCCGUCUCCGCCAGCCAAACGGGGGCCGAAACGGAGGCCGGCGAUGAGAUCGAAGGUGUCCAGCGUCGUGGACAUGCUCAAUGAGUUCCAGGGUCGAUAG